AUGGCGGACAAAGGUCUUGAAGAGGUCCCUGAAGGCCAAAUCGAGUCAAACUACGAUGAAGUCAUUGACUCCUUCGAUGCGAUGAACCUGAAGCCUGAGCUUCUGCGAGGUGUCUAUGCCUAUGGUUUCGAACGACCAUCUGCAAUUCAGCAGCGCGCUAUCAUGCCGGUCAUCAAAGGAAACGAUGUUAUCGCUCAAGCCCAGUCUGGUACCGGAAAGACCGCCACCUUCUCCAUCUCUGCCCUCCAGAAGAUCGACCCCAACCUCAAGGCGUGCCAGGCCCUUAUCCUCGCCCCUACUCGUGAGCUUGCUCAACAGAUCCAGAAGGUCGUUGUUGCCAUCGGCGACUUCAUGAACGUCGAAUGCCACGCUUGUAUUGGUGGCACCAACGUUCGGGAUGACAUGAAGGCACUCCAGGAAGGACCACAAGUCGUCGUUGGCACUCCAGGACGAGUUCAGGACAUGAUCCAGCGCCGCGUUUUGAAGACCGACAACAUCAAGAUGUUCAUUCUGGAUGAGGCCGAUGAGAUGCUCUCGCGCGGUUUCACCGAACAAAUCUACGACAUUUUCCAACUCCUCCCGCAAUCGACUCAAGUCGUCCUUCUCUCCGCCACCAUGCCUCAAGACGUCCUCGAAGUCACCACCAAAUUCAUGCGUGACCCUGUCCGCAUUCUCGUCAAGAAGGCUGAGUUGACCCUUGAAGGUAUCAAGCAGUUCUACAUUGCCGUCGAGAAGGAGGAAUGGAAAUUGGACACUCUCUCGGAUCUCUACGAGACCGUCACCAUUACACAGGCUGUCAUCUUCUGCAACACCCGGAGAAAGGUUGACUGGCUCACUGACAAACUCACUGCGCGUGACUUCACUGUUUCGGCCAUGCACGGUGAUAUGGAGCAGGCUCAGCGCGAUGUUAUCAUGAAGGAGUUCCGAUCUGGAUCUUCUCGUGUGCUCAUCGCCACCGACCUGUUGGCCCGUGGUAUUGAUGUCCAGCAAGUCUCGCUGGUUAUCAACUACGAUCUGCCUGCCAACCGCGAGAACUACAUUCAUCGUAUCGGUCGUGGUGGUCGUUUCGGACGAAAGGGUGUUGCCAUCAACUUCGUCACCGCUGACGACGUCCGUAUGAUGAGAGAAAUCGAACAAUUCUACAGCACUCAAAUCGAGGAGAUGCCAAUGAACGUUGCUGAUCUCAUCUAA